CCCAUAUAACCCUAUUACCACCAGCUCCCACUCUUCUAUACUCAACAACGCCGAUCAACCAUCACUUCAAAAUGCAGUUCUCACUUGCCGCCGCACUCAGCCUUCUUGCCGUGGCUUCGACCGCCGCUGCAAAGGGCAUCAACUGCGAAGGCAGCUCCAACUGCAACCCGGGUCUCAACUCCGGCGUCUGGAGGACUGAGGCCAACGAUUUGAAGAACCUGAUCGCCAGAAUUCCCGACGACAAGUGGUUCAACAACGGCCAGAAGAUCGCCUGCGUCAGAUGGAUUUGUGCUUUCCUCCAGAACACUGGCGGAGCACCUGGCCGCAACAUCAAAGGCCUCGCCCAUUUCAUCCCUGAGCACGGUUGCGACAUCUGUGGCAGUGUCCCCUACUUCUACCCGGGCAUCAACGACGUCAGCCAGGGAAUGCUUACCUUCAACUGGGUCAACACUCCUAAGUGCGACGGACUUUGUUAAUAGGGUCUAGAAGGCUGUGUGCGAUUUCGUUCAUAGGAUCUUGGUGGUUCUUUCGUACAAAUACAGAUGCUUGGCACAGGCUAUAUAACAGAAC